AGAAGCGUAUACUGAAUUUAAAAUAUAGCAUUUACAUACAGCAUUCCAGUCAAUUUAAAAGUUUAAAUAGAAAUUUUAAAAAACUAAAACUUUAAAAUAUUACAAAUUAUUUUUUAUUUAAUUUACUAAAAUUUAAAAUAUAAAAAUUAUAUUUUAUCCAUAAUAUACAAUGGCCCCAGUCAUCUUUUUCACUAAAAAUUAACGAAAGCGAAAAAGAGCCAAAGACAAAAAUUAGCUAUCGCCAAAGAAAAAAUAAAUGAAUGAUAAACAGCAUUAAUUUUUUCAUUUCAUCAUUCAUUUUGUUAAUGAUUAAAAAUUAUUACUAAAACGUGAGUGAUAAAAACAACGAUGACAAGCCUCAACAUUUCCUCAAAAAUAUCACCUUAAAUCACCCUGCUCUCUGUGUAAAAUAAAAAGUAGGCUUGAACUACUAAGUAUACAUUAUUUUUUAUUUUAUUAGUCUUUUGAAAAAACUUAAUCAAAAAUCAUAAAAAAAAAUAUUCCUAGUAAAAUUUUUCAAUCAAAAAUUUAAAAUUUUGAAAAACCUGAAAUUUAAAAAAAAAAAUAUCAAAUCUUUUAAUCGAGCUUUUAUGCUUUUUUAAAUUUUGCAUUGUAUUUGGCAAUAUUGUUUCACCCUCCAAUGUAUACAAAAUAAUUUCAUAUCAGCUGAAAAAUCAAUCGUAUUCAAGAAAUAAACGAGAAGAGGAACUGUGAAAAUAAAAGUAAAUAAUCAGCACCUGUCAAUAAAUAGAUGCAUUUUAUCGCAAGUAAAUUAUGAAACAGAAGUUAAUUAAUCUCCAACAUAAAGAAAAUAAGUAAUAUUGUUGGCAUACAAUCAACUUAAAAGGAAAAACAUAAAGGAUUUAAGUGAAGUAAUAUAAAUAUCAAGAUUUGAGAGGACAAAGAAAAAAAAAAUCAAUAUUUGGUAUCCUACAAUAAAUUGGAAUUAUUUUGGAAUUUUAAUAAAGCGGCGAGCAGAGGAUUUUACGCUUUUUUUUUUUUGUUUUUCUUCAUGCAAAAUAAGGAAAUAAAAAAAAUUAAAACAAAAUAUUAUUGAAAACAAGAAAAAAUUGGUUUUUCAACAUAAAAAUUAAAAUAAAUAAUUAAAAUACGUGUGUAAAAUAAAAGACAAAAAAUAUGGUUGACUAUUAUAGUACAUUAGAAGUAACAACAACUGCUACAGAUCACGAAAUAAAAAAAGCAUAUAGAAAAUUAGCAUUAAAAUGGCAUCCAGAUAAAAAUCCCGAAAAUUUAGAUGAAGCAAAUAAACGCUUCCGUGAAAUAUCUGAAGCAUAUGAAGUACUUUCAGAUGCAAAAAAACGUAAAAUCUAUGAUCAAUUUGGUAAAGAAGGAUUAAGUGAUAGUAGUCCAAACAAUCCACGUUAUCAUCAUAGAUCAUCGGGUAGACAUGGCGGUUUUCAAGAAUUUGAUGAUUUUGAUCCAACUGGUGGUUUUCAUUUUGUAUUUAGGCCACCUGAAGAAGUAUUUAAAGAAUUUUUCGGUGUUCAUUCACCAUUUGCCGAUUUAUUUGAUGAGCAUGUUAAUUCACAUCAUCCAUCAAAUAGACAUCAUCAUCAUCAUUCACAUCGUAGUAAUGGUCAACAUAGCCGGCAUCAUCAACAGCAGCAUCAUCAUCAACAACAUCAUCCAAUUAAUACAAUAAUGACAUCAUUUAUGACACCAAUGUUGGGUAAUUCAAUGAUGGAUUUCAUAUUUACACCAGAUAUGGGACCUACAAGUAGUAUUUUUACAACAUUUUCAUCAUUUAAUUCAAUAUCAGCUGGUGGUGGUGGUGGUGGUGGUGGAAGUGGUGCAGUUAAACGUACAUCAACAUCAACAAAAUUUGUUGGUGGUAAAAAAAUUAUGACAAAAAAAGUAUAUGAAAAUGGUAAAGAAACUGUACUAUCAUAUGAAAAUGAUGUCCUAAAAUCGAAGACUGUGAAUGGAAUUCCCCAGAAACUCAAUUCAAUUACAAAUUGAGGGAAUAAUAAAAAUAAUAAUAAUUAUAAUAAUUAAUAUAUUCUUUGUUCUAAUUAAUUUUAAUUAAUUACCAUUUAAAAAAAAAAACAAUUUUGAUCUUAAUUUUUAAUUAUAUAAAUUUUUGAAAAAGAAAAAGAAAAUACAAAAAAAAAAUAAUUAAAAUAUAUAUAUAUAUAUGUAUAUGUAUGUAUACGCAAACAUAUAAAAAUAAUAUUAAUUAAAAUUAAAUAAUAAUUAAAAUUGAAUUAAAAAAAUAAAAGGAGAAAAAGAAUUUAACGUAAAAAUUAAGAAUCAUUUACAAUUAAAUUAAAAAAAAAACCAAUUUACAAAAUAAAACAUUAAAAAAAAAUAAAGAGCCAACAUUGAAACUAAAAAAAUAUUUGAAAUAUUAAAAGAAAAAAAUUAAUUUAAAAUCAAGAAAAACUUAAGUAUUUUUCUUUAGAUAAAUGUACUUUUUUUUAUCCUAUUGUAAUUACAUAAAUGUAUAAAUAAUUAUAAUAU